CAUGUCAGAACGUGGGAUUGGAAUCUGGAGCACGAUGUUCAUUAAUAGCAGCGGUGUCGUAGUGACCCACAGUAACCUCACUUCAGUGAACUAUCAUUCACAAGGGCGAUCGGCCUUUGAAAAGCUUCAUGCUUCCAUUGCGGAAGGCGCCAUGCACGACUCCAGCGAACGAUACGACCCUCCGAAAUGUCACCCGGGCACACGACAGACCGUCCUCAAGAAGCUGCUUGACUGGGUCCUGGACCAUCAAGACACAUUCAUCCACUGGCUCUAUGGACCUGCUGGCGCCGGAAAGUCCGCCAUCAUGCAAACGCUCGCCCUCCAGCUGCGCGAAAAGGGUCUCCUCAUUGCCACGUUUUUCUUCUCCCGGACAAUCGCUGCUCAGAGCAACGAGAAGCGGCUCGUUGCCACUAUCGCGUAUCAACUUGCAAUAGCAAUCCCCUCAACGAGGCCACACAUCGAGAAGGCGAUUGAGCUGGACCCAGCCGUUCUCUUAAAAUCACUAGAAACCCAAUUCCAACAACUCGUUAUCACUCCCCUUAACCACGUUGUAGACGCCGUUCGCGAGGGCCGACUAUUACCACCUGAACCGACUGUCAUUCUGAUCGAUGGCCUGAAUGAGUGUAAUGAUCGAUA